GCCCUAUAUCUUUGAGUGAUGUGUGUUGAGUGUCACCCCCGUCGCCCCUCCCGCCUAAACCAGCACGAGCGACGAAAAACGCGUUGUAUGUUGUAUUGUUUACUCGUUAUAACUGUCGUCGCUGUUAAAUUCGUUAAUUUUGAUAAUUCUUCAACGAAAUGGGACGUAGAAAGAGUAAGAGAAAGCCUCCAAGUAAAAGAAAGGCAAUCAUGCCAUUGGAUACUCAAUUCAAUUGUCCAUUCUGCAAUCACGAAAAAUCAUGCGAGGUUAACAUGGACAAAUCUCGAAAUACGGCGAGAAUAACGUGCAGGGUAUGCGCGGAAGAUUUUCAGACGACGAUCAAUUUAUUGUCGGAGCCUCUGGACGUUUACAACGAUUGGAUCGAUGCCUGUGAAACUGCUAAUUGAUAAUGUUUAUAUUUUUGUUUGAAAGUGAUAGACCCGAAAUUGCAAACGGCUAGUUGAGCUGCUUGUUUUUCAGCGUCAACCAAUUUGAAGUACUUUUUCAACAGAGUACUAGGAUCAUCGAAUAUUCUUGCGUUCCAAUUGAACAUGGAUUUUUAGAGCGACGCAUCUUUGUAUGAAUGCUAUAAGGAAAAGACUUAUAUUUUAAUUGUAACAAGUGCAGAAAUUUAUGUUAAAAUUUAGUGUCUAAAUGAAUCAUCUUAGUUGCAGCAUCGAGACAACUCCAUUAUUGACUAUCCAUUUUCAUACUCUUGUAUAUUUUCAUUGCAAGUGUGAGCAGGAACUUUUAUCGCAGUAAUUAUUAAGUACAGUCAACCUGGAGAUUUAAUUGUGAUAAAUAUAUUUUUAUGAUGAAGUAUCA